AUGUCCUCGGUAGAGAAUGUCCUUUAUUUCCAAGCUGGGUUUGGAGUCCUACCCAAUGUGUUUCUUCUUCUUUUCUAUAUUUUCAUAAUCCUAGGUCACAGACCUAAACCCACAGACCUGAUCUCCUGUCAACUGACUUUGGUUCACAUAAUCAUGUUCCUCACUGGAGGAAAUAUUUGGCUCGCAGACAUAUUUGGGUUUCUAAACAUUGAGAAUGACAUAAAAUGUAAAGCAACUUUUUAUACAAGUAGGGUAACGAGAGGCCUCUCUAUCUGCAUUACCUGCCUCCUGAGUGUUUUCCAGGCUGUCACAAUCAGUCCCAGUACCUCUAUGCUGGCAAAAUUUAAACAGAAACUUAAAAAGUACAUGAACAAUGCAUUGUUCUAUAUUUGGUUUUUCAAUUUGUCUGUUUGUAGUAACAUGCUUUUCUUUGUUGGUGGUUUUACCAAUGUCAGUGAGACCAAGCAGGUGAAAGUCACUAAAUCCUGCUCACUCUUCCCCAUGAACUACAUCAUCAGGGAAUUAAUUGUUAUUCUGUCAACCUCCAGAGAUGUGUUUCUUGUAGCAGUCAUGCUGACCACAAGUGCAUAUAUGGUGAAUAUUUUGCACAGGCAUCAGAGACAAUACAAACAUCUUCAUAGCAUCAAAAGCCUGAGAACAUCCCCUGAGAAAAAGGCCACCCAGACCAUCUUGCUGCUAGUAGUUUUCUUUGUAGUCAUGUACUGGGUGGAUUUCAUCAUCUCAUUCACCUCACUCCUGUUAUGGAUGUAUGACCCAGUCGUCCUGACAGUUCAGAAGUUUCUGAUAUAUGCUUAUCCCACAAUUACUCCUUUGGUACAAAUUAGUUCUGAUAAGAGAAUAAUAAAUGUGCUGAAAAAUUUGCAGUCAAAGUGCCACUAG